GCAGAGUGAGAGGCUGCAGUCCACUCCUCCGUCCCGGACAGUGGACACCGAGCAUCAAUGUGCCAAGCGGAUUUUCAGACUGGAAGCGCAGUUUAAGAAGCUGGGAUCUUUCUUUUCUUUUCUUUCUUUUACUUGCUGUGAUUUAGCCGGCGCGUGAUUUUGACUUUUAAGCUUGUGCAGUUGUAAUAAAUCUGCACGUGUAGACCUGAAAUCUUGUCAUUGAGGUCACUUUGAGUUGGAUACUGACAGCCGGAGAGCAGUGAAACUCAUUGCCCUCCGCAGUUUCUUGCACUAAUCAUCUCUGCAGGAUUUGUGCCUGAUUCUUACUCGUAAACGUGUUUAAUCUCAGGCCGGACUUUUCAGCGCAGGACAUGUGCAGCCCCGCUGUCUCCUGUCUGCAGGCGCAUCUUUGUCAUUUUAAUGUCGCUUUAAUUAUCGCGCGUCUGGCUGAUUGUCGCUUUGCAUUUCAGAGCAAACUGACAAAUUGAAGAAUUUGUUUCUCCUGGCUACAAAACAGACACUGAUAGUGGAUUUCGGUCGCUUGAUUUCUUCUUCAUUUGGAUUUGUUGUAUUUUCCAUUAAUCCGUUUUCCACCAAAAGUCUUUGAUAGUUUUUUCCCCCCUUUGGAGCAAUCCCGACUAUGUUGCUCCGGUGCUUGAACCCUCCCUCCUGGUCCACCUGUAGGUUUUUCCUCUUCUUUUUGUUGCUGCUACAAACGCCCCGGUCUUCCUCUCCGCUAAUUACAGGCACUGAAGCCAGCUGUGAGAAUGAAGGAGAGGUCCUCCACAUCCCCAACAUCACUGACAACCCCUGCAUCACGUGUGUCUGCCUGGAAGGGAAAGCAGACUGUAAACAGGAGAAAUGUCCGCUGGUCUCUGAAGACUGUGCUCUGGUGGUGAAGCAGACCGGUGCCUGCUGUGAGAGGUGUAAAGGCUGCUUGUUAGAUGGACAAUCCUAUAACAGCUCAGUAUCCUGGACCAGCUCAACCAAACCCUGCAUAACCAGACGCUGUCAGGAAGGUGUGAUCACUGAGGCGGAGGUGCAAUGUGUCAUCCACUGUAAGAACCCUAAAAUCCAUCCAAAGAAGUGUUGCCCCACCUGCCCCAGUUGUAUCUUUGAGGGUCGACCAUAUAAGGAGAAGGAGGAGUUCAGUCCAGAAGGCAAACCAUGCAUCAAGUGCAUGUGCACAGGAAGGCGGACUCUCUGCAUGAAGGAAGUGUGUCCUGUGCUCUCCUGCCCUGCCCACCUCAGCCAUACCUUACCUGGACAGUGCUGUCCCAGAUGUAUAGGCCAGAGGAAGGUGUUUGAUUUGUCUUUAGGAAGCUGUCUAUUCCACAGUGAGGUCUAUGAGAAUGGCACUUCUUUCAUACAUGACAACUGUACCACCUGCACCUGCAAGGAUUCAACUGUUGUGUGCAAAAAGCAAUGCUCUCAGACUGGUAGUUGCCAAGGAGACCACUGCUGUGAUGACUGUCUAUCGUACGUGGAGGUGGAGGAAGUAAAGUACUGCAGAGUCCGGAACAAGAUCUACAGGGAAGGGGACAUGUGGUCAUCGGUGAACUGCACUCUCUGUGCCUGUGUCAAUGGCAGCAUCUCGUGCCGACCCAAACAAUGUGUUCCAAUAACCAGCUGCCCCUCGAAUAAGAUCCUGAACAGAACCGGCUGCUGUCCGGUUUGCACUGAAAAACCGGGUGUGUGCACAGUCUUUGGCGACCCUCACUACAACACCUUCGAUGGCAGAACCUUUAACUUUCAGGGAACCUGUCAAUAUGUGCUGACACGCGACUGUGGUGGCAUCCCCUCUGGAGGGCAGGGAAGCAACGUCAACAUCAACAGCCCUGACUCCAGCUUCACGGUGUUGGUGAAGAAUGAUGCUCGGCGGACUCGCUCCUUCUCCUGGACUCAGGCCGUGGAGGUGAGGUUGGGCUCUCUGAUCCUCAGCUUACACCAGCAUUUAACGGUCCGGAGGAACGGUACCCGCAUCGCCCUGCCAUAUCACGGCCCUGGGGUGCACAUAGACCUGGAUGGAUACCUACUCAAGCUCACCACCAUUGCAGGCCUGGAGAUCACAUGGGACGGUGACAGUUUUGUAGAAGUUGUAGCUGCUCCCCAUCUUCGUGGACGCCUCUGUGGCCUUUGUGGCAACUAUAAUGGCCACAAACGGGAUGACACCAUGGGAGGUGAUGGCCAGUUUAAAUUCGAUGUGGACGAGUUUGCCGAGUCGUGGCGGGUCGAGGGAAAUGAAGUUUGCUCCCAGCAGCAUCCACCUCACAGGCCGACAUCCUUUCUGUGUCCGGGCAGUGUCAAAGUCAAACUUCGGGCCCACAGGGAAUGCCAGAAGAUAAAGUCAUGGGAGUUUCAGAAAUGCCAUCGUGUGGUGGACUUUGGUUCUUUCUACAGGUCAUGUGUAACAGACAUGUGUGAGUGUCCAGUCCAUAAAAACUGCUACUGUGAGUCCUUCAUCGCUUACAGUCGAGCCUGUGAGAGGGAAGGAGUGCCAGUCCUGUGGAAGCCUGACAAAGUUUGCAUGGCCACCCAGUGUAAGCAUGACGCUGUGUACGACACCUGCGGACCAGGAUGCACUAAAACCUGCGACAACUGGAAUGAGAUUGGACCGUGUCACAAGCCUUGCGUGGCUGGCUGUCAUUGCCCUGCCAACCUGGUGCUGUUCCAGGGACGCUGCAUCAAACCCACAACCUGUCCCGGACGGUGACCUUUGUUGCCCAGGAGGGAGGUGGGCUAGGUUAGGGAGAGUCAUCUGUUGUGUUCAAUGUACGGGGCCAAACUAGCUGCAAAGCGUCAGAUGCACCAAAGUACUCAGGGUCCAUAACUUUGCAAAGAAACGCUUUGCAGUGACUUCAACUUCAGAGAUACAAACUAUGGUGAAGGACCGAAGGGAAGGUGGAUCAGAGGUGGAUUGUUGCCACGAGAUUCAGCCUCGGAUAUCCUUGUGACUCUUGCCUCCAAGUGCUUUUACACCACCAGUCACCACCAAUAAAAUUGUGGCAGAAGGACUGAAAUCCCAAGAGAAAACUCAGGGGCCCAUCUGGAGAUGAAGAACAUUGAGGAUGUUACCAUGGAUCCACAGGAAAUGGUUUGGGCCAGAGGACUCCACUAGAGCCCACAUGGUGCCUGUUUUUUUCUUGCAAACACACUAAAAUGGGAAACUGGGCAUCUGCAUUUGGAAUAGCAAGACUCAAUGUCAAGAAACUCUCUGAUGCUUCAUAUCAAGAUGCCCUCAUGAUCUCUAUUCCAUUGUUUCAUACUUUAAGCUAACCAGAUUUAUAUGAGAGUCAAGAUAGCUUUUAUAUUAUUAUUGCUCUAAUUAUUAUUAUUUGUCGUUGAUAUUGUUAAUUUAUAUCAGUCAAUGGACAUGUUGUAGCAAGAGCAAGAAUCAUGAAUUACUGCGAUAUGAAUGAUUUUAAGGGAAACAAAAGCUAUUUAUGUAUUUGUUGUGUACUUUCGUGUUUCUGUUUGAAGAGAAAUGCUCAAAUGUGACUCAGUUGUUGCACCAUCGCAGGGAAAAAGUACUGUAUUGUAUUGUUCUCCGUGUACAGGUUGUUGUGGAUAAUACAAAACUGAAAGUGUUCAUGUAAACAUAUGUUUUACUUGACGAUGAUUAUUUAAGACCAGCAAUAUAAUCUUUUUUCUCAAAGUUUA